GGGGGACUAUAAAUAGGCCGGGUCUAUGGAGGAAGUCAGAACAGAAGAACUCAAACCAUCAAAAUGAUCAAAGCCAUCACAGCCAUUCUGAUUUUGGGCCUUGCGGCUCUAAGCAGCGCGGAACCCUUGCGCCGAAGAUUCUCCGCUCGCCAGGUGGAGGCUCCUGCCAGUCCAGCGCCUACGGGCUACCCAGAGGCCGGUGUCACACCCAGUGUACCCUUCGAUCUCCCCAGCUCGACGGCAAAGCCGGAAAACACCUAUCUACCACCCGAUAACACUUAUGGUCCUCCGGACAACACCUACGGCCCACCUGAUAACACAUACGGACCUCCGGAUAACGUUGACCUUCCCGAGGAAGGCGUCAAUGAGCCAGUGCCGGAAGAAUCCGAGGUACCUACCGACGACCUUCCGCCAACGGAUGAGGAGGAAGUGCCCGCUGAGGAUGCCAAAUUACUGCCUGAGGAGGAUGAGCCCGUGGUGCAGGUCCAGGAAGAUGGUUCUGUCAUUGUAGUGGCCAGCAGUCUGGACGUGCCUCAGUCUGCCCGUUUCUACCAGCGUUUCCCCCAAGGACGACGCCGUGAACUUCCUGUCCCGCAGCGCCUGAUCCUUCGACGCAACUUUUAGAGGGACAUUUCAUAGAUUACCUCAUCAGAAUCGAAAUAUUUGGUAUUAAAAUAAUGGGGUUAUUAGUUUAAAAUACUUGUUUCUGGUUAAAAUAAACUAUAAAUUACGGUUUUCAAAAAAUGAAUAUUAAAAAUAUGAAUAAAACGAUUUUAAAACUA